UUCGGGGGAGGGCCAGAGGGUACCUGGCCACGCACACGCCGGGAGACGAACACUGAGAAGAGAUUGAGAAGGGCAUUCCACCGACGACAGAAGGAGCAGCAGCCAGCAGUAUGACGACGAACACCACGCCGGCGGGGUUCACGGGGAACCGCAACCGCUACUACAACCCCGUCUCGAAGAUCCAGUCGCUGAUCCACAACCUGGACGCGGAGCUGGUGCAGCUGUGCAAGCAGUGCUCCGUGCCGAAGCCGCUGUCCAGCCACAACACCAACAGCGGCUCCUUUGGCAGCCACUUCGGGGCCCUGGGAGGCGGGGGACUGUCGAGCGCCGUGGCCACCGGCAACUAUGCCCAGCACUUCCGGGCCGACAGCAUUGGCAGCCUGCUGGCCCGCGCCCGGGCCACCCAUCCGCCGGCCCGGACCCCUUCCACCACCUCGCCAAAGGCGCCGGAGGCCCAGAAGCGCCAGUUGCGCAACGUCUACCGCACCCGUGUGAUCGACGCGUACCGCAACCGGCGGAUCUUCACCGUAUACGGCAACUACCACACGGUUAGGCGGGCGCUGAUGCGCCGCGGCUGGCUGGAGAAGCUGCCCGCCUCGCGGCACGCCAAGCUGCAGAGCAUGUCCGAGGACUCCCUGCUGGAGCACGCCCGGCGGGGCAACGACUACGAGACGGUGGUCAUCUCCAAGAUGAUCAACCACUUCCCGGCCUUCUUCAUCUGGCAGGGCAAGGGCCAGCGGGACCUGUGCGCCGAGGUGCGGCCCUUCCGGAAUCGGGUGCGACGCAGCCAGUUCCUCGACUUCUCCACCAAGGUGGGUCUCGUCGGCUGCGCGGAGCAGGAGCGCUGGUACCGCGAGGACGGCGUCUGCGGGAUGAGCUAUCCGCGCUUCUACCGCCUGGGCGGGAACAACCUGGAGGAGCGAAUGGCCUUCAUCGAGGACUACCAGCAGACGCAGGCCCGCUCCCUGCUGCGCUACGUGAAGGAGCACACGCCGUCGGAGCUGAUCAGCGACAGUGGCUCCAUUUCUAGCACCAUCCUGGACUUCGCCUUGGCCAAGGUGAAGAAGAUGAUACGGAACGCGGAGCACUACUCGCUCGACGACGCCCGGGUCAAGCCUCCAACUCCGGCGGAGAUCGUCGAGAACCAGACCUUCAUGGUGCAGUCCACCGACCUGCUCAAGUCGAACGCCAAGUUCCGGGUCAGCGAAAGAAUGAUGACGGAGUACGCCCGUCUGGCGGCGCUCUACCUCGACCAAAUCGAGUCCCUGCGACCAGACUACCGCUGGGACGGCAGCCGCAACCUAUGGAUCCUCAAGCCCGGCUACCAGUCCCGUGGCAUCGGCAUCGUUAUCCGCAGUUCCCUUGACGACAUCCUGCAGUGGACGUCGAACAACCAGAACAAGAAGUAUAUCGUCCAGAAGUACAUAGAGCGACCACUGCUGAUCUACCGCACCAAGUUCGACAUCCGGCAGUACAUGCUCCUCGCGAUCACGGACACGAAGGUGAGCGUGUGGACGUACCGCGACUGCUACCUGCGCUUCAGCUCGCAGGAGUUCACCAUGGACGACCUGCGGGAGUCGAUCCACCUGACCAACAACUCGGUGCAGAAGCGGUACAAGAACAAGACCAACCGGGACUCGCGGCUGCCGAAGAACAACAUGUGGUCGCUGGACCAGUUCAAGUCCUACCUCCGCCACAUGGGCGCUCCGGACGGGACGUGGACGAAGACCUACAACGGAUUCAAGCAGAACCUGAUAGCCGUGGUGAUGGCCAGUCUGGACGAGACGGAGUUGCUGCAGAACGCCUUCGAGCUGUACGGCUGCGACUUCAUGCUCGACGAGCACUACAACCCCAUUCUGAUCGAGAUCAACUCCACGCCCGAUCUCUCGCCCUCCACUGAGAUCACGGCCAGGAUCUGCCCGAUGGUCCUGAAGGACUGCAUCCGCGUCGUGGUGGAUCUGCCGAAGAACCCCACCACCAACACUGGACUCUUCGAACUGGCCUUCGAGGUCAACUACAGCAUCAACAAGGGGCCGGAUGGAAAGCCCCUCGAGCUCAACGGCAAGCAGAUGACCCUCUUCGAGUACUCGCCCAAGACGAGGAGCAGUCCGCGAACGAGGCUCCUGCGGAAGAUCCUCAACAACGUUAAGACUCCCUCGAGCAAAAAGGUGGAAAAAGCCAAGGAGGCCCCCGCCAAACACGAGAAGGCUGCCUCCCCCAAGAUCUCAAAAAAGAAGAAAAUGAAGGCAUCGGCUGAAAGUUCAAGCUCAGCUUCGGCACAACCUUCAUCUCAGAACGUCGGAUCCAAGGUGAUUCUGAAUCCAACUGCUCGGGAGAACCUGGCUCUUCAAUAUACCGCUCCAAAGUAAAGACACAAACUGGGGAAACAGACGAGUAUGCUUGGACUGCCAGAUGGCAGUAAACCACUAGGGAACCAUUAUUUACAGAACUUACAUAGCUGUUUUAGUCGUACUAUUUGUUUGGAAACUGAGGUGCAAAAUAUAAAACAAAAGAAUUGAAUGAGUCCCUAAAACCGAUCAAAAACUAAACAAAACCUGUCCUGCAAAAUUAAAGUGCUCACCUCAUUACGCAAAAAGGUUUCAUGAAUGGAACACCAAGCUGAAGGAAAAAAUCAUGAAAAUUUAUCACUUUCCAAAUCGACUGAAGUUUAUUUAACAGCUAAAAUAUGUAGUAUACAAGAACAUCCGAAAAAUUUGGGAACGAUUUUCCAAUAAACUCGUCUUUAAAUUUAAAUAAAAAUUAUUAUUUAUAAUUCAAACAGA